GAGGGGGUUCGCCAGGGCACCGGGCGCCUGCCUUGCGUAACGCUACUGGGGUAUCACAUGGCAAGCUCGCUUCGACAGUCUCAUGUGGGAGGCGUCUUGAGUGGCUCUCCGAGAAGAAACAUCCGCCUGCCUCACCAGGCUGUGAGCAGGAGAGCAGCAUUUUAUCCCCUUACUGAAGAGACAAAGAAGAAAGAAAUGCUGCUAGACUGGUACUGGAAAAGGCCCCAUUAUGCUGGUAUAAAUGAGAUAGACGAUACCAGAACCUCCUGCACUAUUCCUGUUCAGAUAAUGUAUCUGAAGCAAGUGUAUCCAGAAGGGACAAAGACUGGGGACAGACCAUCAGAGACCAAUACGAUGGUAGAGAAGUCUGCAUCUCCGUCUGUGGCACAGUUAGCAGUAAAAUUUAAAGAUCAAUUGUCUCAUUCUGGAAAAGAGAUACCAGUGAAUAAACCAGUCCGUAGAAAACCACCAUGUUCCCUUCCUCUCAAGCCAGACCUUGGCCAGAAUGGUGAACUAAAGAGAUCUCCAAACGCUUCUCAUCCUCCAAGGGUAAAAGUAAAAAGCUCUCCCAUGAUUGAAAAACUGCAGGCUAAUCUGGCAUUUGCUCCAGCUGCCCUGCUGCCAGGAGCAUCUCCCAAAAGCCCUGGCUUAAAAGUAAUGGCUUCUCCAUUUCACAGCCCACCAUCCACUCCCAUCAGCCCACAAGCUCAGUCUCAGUCAAGUGAAUCAGAGGAGACACCGGCUAGCUUUGACCAGCCACCAGAGGGCACUCAUCUUCAGUUUUAUAACAAGGUGAGGACAAGGGGAUCAAUUAAACGCAGGCCACCCUCUAGAAGAUUUCGAAAGUCACAGUCAGAAUUUGGAGAUGACCAAGAUAUUGGGGCAAUUUCACCUCAGGAAAAUGGUGCCAAGGAUGAAGAGGAUAGUGCAUUCACAGACAAGACUGUGAAGUCAAUCUCUCCAACUGUGGAUGGAGUAGACCACCAAGAGAAGGAAAACCAGAUAACAGCUGAUGGAAAAACCCCAUCAGAUCACGGGACCAGAGGAACAGAAAGCAAAGAGAGAGAAAUGGGAACAGAAGAAAUGACAAUAUGCAAGGACAGCAAAGAAGAGAAGUCACAACAGAAUGUUUCAGAAGAAAAAUCUUGCAAAAACAUCAAGGAAGGCAAAGAAAGGAAUCCAGAUCACAAUACUGCAGAUACAGAAGAAAAGUCCACUUUGGGGGGAAAGGAAGAUGGUGAUGCUUCUGAUCAGAAGGAUAAAGAAGAGAGAACAGCUAGAUUAAGUGAGAGUGAAGAUACAGAGCCAGUAUCAGACACACAAGACAUGGGGACUUCACCGCCUGCAGGAGACACAGAAACUGAUGUGAGCUCCAGAGUGUGAUGUGUCACCAUCAGAACUGGGCACACAGUAAAUGGGAAACCUAGGUAAGGGUGGGGUUCUCAAUGCAGUGCUUGCUUGUAAAAUGAUCAGAUGCUGUUUUUAAAAUGAAAAUCCCAAGGAUACCAGUCUUAUCCUUGCUCUUUGGCAAUUGUUAGGCUUUUACUGCAGUAAAUCUGGUCAUCUCCGAUGGAAGAUAGUCUGAUACAGACAGUGGAAAUACUAGGACUCUCAAGGUGGUGACACACCAAGAAGAAAAGUCUUCCAUGUUCAUUUACAGAAUGCAGCAGUUGCUGAGGCUUUUCAGCAUUUUUCAGAUGGAAAGAACUAUAAUGCGUAUUAGUUACAUUCUCUAAUUAAAAUAGACAUUUCCAAACCUCUUGUGGGCUGUCAGCCAUAACUAUGAUGCAUGCAUAUCAAUUACAUGGUCACCCACAGAACCACACAAAACAAUAUUUUUGGAUUGAGUUAGUGACUGUGGAAUAAUUUGUAUGUGUGGCAAAGGAGAAUUUCCAUAAGCAUCCAUAUCCUUUCGCUGUUCUAGGUUCACUUUUCCGCACAUGGGGACACUGAGCACAUUUUCACACAUGAAAAUUUACAUCAACAUUGAGCCUCUCAUGUUACUUAUUGGAAUGUUUGGUUGUUAUUCAUACAGGAUAGAAAAAUGUAGAUGAGGCAUCUGUAACGUGAAUAAGCCUUCUGGCCAAUGGAUGUUUCGCAUUAGCUUUAUAAGCCCAACUGAAACAAGAGCCGCUUUAAACCUCAUGUGUGAGAUCACCCGAUAUUUUGCAAAGAUCUGCUCUCCUAUUUAAGAAGCCGGUGCUGGUAACUGCCUGAGUUUAUCAUCAAAAUACAAUAUAGUAAUAUUGUUGCAAAGAAGGCCUAAUAAUAUGUCAGGUUAUAACAGUAGGAAGUAGUGGAGAGAGAAAAGUGUCAUCAACAGGGUAGUGAGCGACAACUUAAAACCUGGCCUUGGGCAAGCAGAGCAGCAUUUCCUAACAGGCCAAGAAAUGAUUGCAUUGCUGCCAGUUGCAGCUAAAUAGUAAAAUGUGAGUAGAGUGGUGAUCUAACAGUGGCUUCCAGGUGGGAUUCUGCAGGCAGCAUCCUAUCAAAGGGCUUGGAUCAGUGGUUCCCAACUAGGGUUCCUCCAGAUGUUGCUGAACUACAACUCCCAGCAUCCCCAGCUACGAUUUAUUCAUUCUGCCGUUGUAGUUCAGCAACAUCUGGAGGAACCCUAGUUGGGAACCACUGGCUUGGCUCAUCUUAUGUGACUCUUUUUGGUGCUGCAUUAACUUGCAUUAAGUGCUAAGACAAGUACUGAGUUAGUUCCUCUUGAAAACCACAUGGAUGUGUCCACUGUUAAAGUCUGGACAUUCUGAUGGUAUGUUGUGCCUAGGACUCAGAUGACAGCACACCCUUUAAGCUGUUGCCCAUGACAAUUUCCUGUUUUCCAAUGGACUGGCUGACUGUGAAUAUGAAAUGGCUCUUCAUCCAUAUCCAAGGACUCCUCCUGACAGAAGCUUUACACAUUGCUGGUUUAGAAUAUUUGAACAGGCAGGGACCAGCGUAUGCACAAGAGGUACUAAACUGCAUAGCUGUCUGUACUUCAGACAAAAACAAAAGCAUUGCUUUGCUGAUCCAUCUGGUCCAAUGCUCUGUUUGCAGUGGUGGCCAGCCAGAUGCCCUGUAAAUCUUUCAGGCAGAGCAAGCUGGAGAUAAUUUCUAGUGGUCCCAAACAUGUGGCAUUCAAAGGUAUACUGCUUCUCAAGAUGGAGUUUUCACUUUAAGCUGUUAGGGAUAACAGCCAUUGAUAGGGCUAUUUUAUAUGAAGUUGUCUGAUCUUCUAAAGCAGGGCUGCUCAGCUUCAGCCCACCUGCAGAUGUUGGCAUACGACUCCCAUUAUCCCUGGCUAUUGGCCACUGUGACUGGAGGUUAUGGGAGUUGUCGUCCAAAAACAGCUGGCGGGGGGCCUAAGUUGAGCAGGCCUGUUCUAAGAUAAGAUAUGCUAGUGGCCAUCACAACAUUCUGCAGCCAUGAAUUCUAUAUGUUUAUUAAUUGGGUGAAAAAGUGGUCUCUUUUGUUCUGAACCUACUAUUGCCUAUAGUGUUUAGUGUUUUUAGAUAGAGAUUAUUUUAUAUCUAUUCUUUCCAGGUCAUUAAUAGGUUUUUAAAAAGAAUCAAAGGUGCGACCCAUACGAGCAGCCCGUCGUUUGCUCACUGUUCUUAUAGCAUAUAUAGCAAUAGAUGAAUGGACUGAACUGAAAAUAAUUUUUUUCUCACUACAGUACUCAAAAUAGAUGUGCUGCUGAUUGUGCUCAUGGCAAAGUCAGAGACCUGAUGCAUACAGGCCAUUUUUGUGGCAACCAUCUGUCUUAGUAAGACAGACUUAGUAAGUAUGUCAUGCUUCUCUGGGCGAAAGCAAGGACAAAGUGUUCCUUCUCUGGCUUGCUGCAAAAGCAGAGGCUGUGAAACUGAGACUUAGAACUGCACAGCAUUUCUGCCCCAUGCUUGAUCUCACACACUGAAUCCAGAGGAAAGACAGCUGCCAAAACAUUUGGAGCUAGUUGGGUUGCAGAAGGCAUGUCCACUUAAUGCCGAAUGGGACUCCACUCCAGUUUUUUAUUAGGGUAAACUCUCUUAGCCUCCAUCUCCCUCAGGAUUAGCCCAGUAGGCAGUGAGGUCACCAGGGUCACUUGGGACAUAAACAAUUAAUGAAGAUAACGUUGUCACUCGGCUAACCCGAAACAUGCCCUCUGGUCUUGCCACUGUGGGUCUGCAAUUAAUUAUUUGUCGAGUCUCUCUGCUUAUUUCUCAAUUUGUUUUUGCUGGAGGAUGUAGUAUGAUUUGCUUCCUCUUGGUAGCUGUACAAUUCAGUCCCCAGACCUGAAGUUUAGGUCUAUCCAAUAGCAUUGCUUCUGAGGCAAUCGUUAACAAUACAGCCUAACUGUAAUAUUUUUCUUCUUCCCUGUUUUAAAGAAAAAUAUCUAUAAACUGUGUUUUCUAUUU